AUGGUGAAGAUAAUGGAAUUAAUUAGUUCUCCUUUUGAAGAAAUCCCAACUCCAAUCAUAUGGGAUAUUUUAUCAAAACUCCCAACUAAAACAUGCUUAAACUGUAAGCUUGUUUGCAAAGAAUGGUACGAUAUCAUCACUAAUCGUGACUUUGCUAAUUUACGUCGUUCUUCCGGUUGUUAUUCCACCGUCUUGCUGUAUGGUAAAUUUGAUGGGACCCUAAAUUUUGUGUUGUUUGACUUAGAUAACCAUACAAAGGUUGAUGAAACAUGUAACCUUAUUGUAGAUAAUGAUGCCAUGAUUAAGUUCAAGUCCAAAUAUACAAACUCGAAUGAGCAGUUCAAUGCGAUUAACGAAUGCAAUGGACUAAUUCUAUUAAGAAGUAUUAACGAUCAUGGUGCUUACAUUGUAUGCAAUGUGGUAACUCGACAACAUGCAAUCGUCGAAUUAGAUCCUACACACGCUAGUAAUUAUGCAGUGAUGGAAGGGUUGGGAUACUGCACUGUUUCGCAACAAUUCAAAGUACUUCGAGUUAGCAAGUGUAGACAAACUAGUAUUUUUGUAGCAGAAAUACAAACACUUGGUACCAACAAAUGGAGGAUUGUUAAUGAUAAAUCACCAAUUUUGGAGAGUUGUGAUAAGGUUGUUUUCAUUAAUGGGUCACUUCACAUAUACACUAGAACAAAACAUUGUAUAACAUCAUUUGAUUUUGGGACUGAAACAUUUUCUCGCAUUCCAUUACCUGAUGAAGUAGUUGCGAUUUACGAUUGGUCUAUUAGUAUUUAUGAUUCUUGCCUUUGUUUUGCUUCUUAUAUUGGUGAUGAUGAUGGUCGAUGUGGUUUUUGGGUUAUGAAGGAUUAUGGUGUUAAAGAGUCUUGGGUGAAGCUAUUUGUGUUCGAGAUAUAUAGUGAUGGAUAUUGGGGUUUGCGUUUGCCUCUACUGCAAAUGGAGAGCAAGGAAAUAUUGUUUGCUUACAAUACUUUUGGUCUUGCAGUAGAUAAUAUUAGAUAUGGAAGAUGUAAAGAAAUAGAGGUUCUUGGAGACUUUAAUUUUAAUGUUUUUGGAUUCAAUCCAAACUUUUCCAAAAAUUCUCUAGGAAGUGAUGCUUCAACAAAUUAUGCCAUUGGAUUACAACCUUUUCACGUGAAGAAAACAAAGGAGUGA